UUCCGUCCACGCCGAGCAAUUUCUCCUCACGAACCUCGCCGUCCACCGUUGCCCCCGCCUCGUCGCAUUCGCCGUCUCCGCCGCUCCUUGCGGCCACUGCCGACAAUUCCUUCAAGAACUCCGCAACCCUUCUUCUCUCCAAAUCCACAUCACAUCUCAGCACCAAAACAAUCCCGAUGAUGUCACAUUUAAACCUUUGAGUGAAAUCCUGCCUAACCCAUUUGGUCCGUUUGAUCUAUUGGAUGACGAAACUCCUCUGCUCCUCGAGCGCCAUAACAACGGUUUAUCUCUGUCUAAUUAUAUUCACGAUGGAGAUCUGUGCAAUGGGUUUUCAGAUAAUGAUUCGAAAAGAGUUAAUGGCGUUGUGAAUUUAAGCAAUGGAUUUCGCAAAAAGACUGAAACAGAGGAAAGCCUUUUAAAGAUUGCAGCUUUAGAGGCUGCUAAUGACUCACACGCGCCGUACAGCGGGUGUCCAUCAGGGGUGGCACUCAUGGAUUCUGAAGGCAAGAUUUACAGAGGUUCUUAUGUGGAAUCAGCUGCUUAUAAUCCAAGUUUAGGGCCAGUGCAGGCGGCAUUGGUGGCUUAUGUCGCCGGAGGUGGUGGUGGAUAUGAGCGGAUUGUGGCGGCGGCUUUGGUGGAGAAGGAAGGUGCUAAGGUAAGGCAAGAGGAUACGGCAAAGCUGUUUUUUAAGAUGGUUUCUCCUAAAUGUGACUUGAGGGUGUUCCAUUGCUCAUUUGCUAAGAAUGGAUGCAUAAAGGAUUGAAAUUUAUGUGAGUUUAACCAAUAUUUGUUCAUUAGUAGUCUGCAUUUGUAAGUUGGCUUUGUACAAAUAUCAAGUUGGAUGAUGAAUCAAUUCAUGAAUAAAUAAAAAUUUGGUCCACCUCUUUUUAUGAUGA